AUGACUUUACCACAACAACAACAACAACCACUCAACAUGGACGCUUCAUAUCAUCAUCAUCAUACAACACGAUCACUCUCUCAUUAUACUCAGCUCAACAAUAAUCAAUUCAAUGAUCGAUUGUAUCACAUUUAUCAAAUACAAUUUUCAUCUUGUUCUUCUUUGAAAUAUGCCUUUUUAUUUCCUAACAUUCCAAUUGACAAGUUGAAGAAUGAACAACAAGAACAAUUGAUCAAAUAUGGAUUCAAAAGAGAAUUACAAUGUUUUAUCAUGUUAUCAUUGUUUAAAUUCGAUAUUUGUGAUUUGGAUGUUUUUAGAAAAGAAGGAUUAUCAAUUGAUUGUUCAUUUAAAUAUUUAUGUCCAUUGAAAUUAACCACUGCCAAUGUUGAAUUUAUUGUAAAUAUUCACAAUUACUAUUUAUCAACGAUUGGAAAAGAUAAAAAUAAUUACAUGAACAUUUAUUCUAUUUUUCAUUCCAUGAUUGAAGAUUAUAAACAUUUAUUUAUUUUACCAAUAUUUACUCACAAAGAUGGAUCAAGGAUUCCAUUGGAUCAAAUAUCAAACUCUAAUUCUUUAAAUUAUUGGGAAAAUACACCCAUGUUAACAUUUCAUGAAUUUAAUCAAUUACUAGGUAUAGAAUAUAAUGUACAUGAACAAGAAGUGAUGAAUUUAAAACAACAUUUCAUUCAAAAAUUACAUUCUUAUUUUCCACAUAUUGAAUCCAAUCAAUUAUUUAAAUAUGUGAGAGAAAAUCAAAGAAAUGACAACAAGAUUCAACAAAUUCUCUCUCAUAUUGAAAAAGAAUUACAAUUUACAGUUGCCAUGACUAGUUACAAUCAAGUACCUUAUGUGAUUGAAUCGAUUGAUUUUGUAACGAAUAUUCAUGAUGGUAUCCUUUUGGGACAACGUGCGAGUUUGAUUGAUCAUGAAUGGAUUGAAGAGGAUGAGGAUGAGGAUGAGAAUGAGGAGGAUGAGGAUGGUGAGAAGGGUCAUCAUGAUCGAUGGAAUCAACGACAUCAAGAUGAUGAAAUUCAUAAUAUUGAUGAGUAUACUCGUACUACUACUACUACUACUACUACUACUAGGGAUGAAAACAAUGAACAAUCAUCACAACCUCCACAACCACCACCAUCACAACCACCACCACAUGUACUCUCAACACUAUCCACACCAUCCACAUCAAUCAUUUCAUUUAAAGAUUUUUAUCAAAAACAAUGGAAUUAUGACAUUCAAGAUGAAUAUCAACCAUUCAUUAAGGUAACCAAUUGUGAAUUUAGAAAAACCAAUGAAUUAAUUAUGAAUUAUUUUAAUGAAUCGAUCACUACAAUGAGUACUAAUGCAACUGGAAAUAUGACUACUACUACAACUGAAAGUACUACAACUGAAAAUACAACUAUUACUACUCAUAGAAAAAUUCUUCUCAUUCCUGAAUUAACUCUAUGGUGUCCAUAUCUUGAUAUGAAUAUCAAAACUAUUAUUCGAUUGCUGAAUCAAAGAGUGAUACCACAUGUCAUUUCCAUUUCUCGACAUGUUUAUGUGUCAUUGAAUGAAUUUGAAAAUUUCAUAAACAUUCAAUUUGAAAAUAGAGAUUUAUUGAGAAUUGCAUUAACUCAUAUGAGUAGUCAUCGUUAUAUCAAUUAUAAUAAUAAUAAUAAUAGUGGUACAUCUAGUCAUGGUAAUAAUAGUACGACCAGUAAUAGUCAUUCUACUAAUCAUCCUACCAAUAAUCAUCCUAGUUCGAACAAUAAUCAUCAUUUCAUUUCUGCAACUCUUACUGAUAAUGAUAAUAAUAAUAAUAAUAAUAAUACCACUAAUAAUGAUAGUAAUAAUAAUAAUAAUAAUAAUAAUACUAAUAAUAAUACUAAUACCACCACUACAACUUAUACCACAACCAAUACCACAACUGAACGUUUAGAAUUCUUGGGAGAUGCCAUUCUAGACAUGAUCAUUUCUCAUUUCCUUUUUGAGAAUUUCAAAACAGGAAAUGAAUCUUUUCUAUCUUAUCAUAGAAGUAUUAUGGUUAAAAAUUCAACUCUCCAACAAGUUGCAGUGAAUUCUCUCAAGAUUAUUGAUUACAUGUUGUAUGCACCUGGACAGAAGAAUAUUUUAAUACAAAGUGAGAGAGCACUUGCAGAUACUCUUGAGGCUGUCAUUGGAGCAAUGUUUUUAGAUCGAGGAUUACAAACAUGUGCUCAAUUUGUUAAGAAGUUUAUUAUAUUACCAUUUAUAGAAACUAAAUUUAAAAAGAUGAAAACAUUUCAAAAAUAUGCACUACAUUCAUUUGAAAUACCCUAUUUAUUAGAAUUUAAAUUAAAUGAUCAAGUAUUGAAUCAUUUAAAAGAAUUUGAAACUCUCUUGGGAAUUGAAUUUCAUAACAAAUUUCUAUUAUUAGAAGCAUUAACACAUUCAUCAUUUAAAUCAGAAUAUAUCAUCAAAGAUUCUCAUAUUAAUGAUUAUACUUUUUACAAGUGUAAUUAUGAACGAUUAGAAUUCUUAGGAGAUGCCAUCUUGAAAUUUGUGACUUGCAUCUUUCUAUAUAUGGGAUUUCCCAAUGCAAGUGAAGCUCAAUUGGCACAAACCAAGCAUUUAACUGUAGAUAAUACAUUCUCAUUACCAAUGGCAUCUGAACCAUUGAAAUUAUUACAAUAUAUUCGACAAAAUGUAGGUCAAGUGCAAUCCAUACUUGUCUCUGAUACUUUCAAUACUAUCAAUACUAUCAAUACUUUCAAUACCUCUAAUACUAUCAAUACUUUCAAUACUCUCAAUUCUAAUACAACAACUCGUUCAUCCUAUCAACAUUUAUUAAGGAUUGAAAAAGAUUUAGUGAGUGAUGUCUUUGAAGCACUCAUUGCAGCCAUUUAUUUAGAUCAAUUUGGAUUUAUAAAUACUUGUUGUUGGAUACAACAUACUUCAAUGAAUACCACAGCAACUACAAUGAAUGCUUCAAUGAUGAUGAAUACCACAACAACAACCGAUACAAUGAGUAUUAAUAGUACUACUACUACUACUACAACCAAUAUGACUACUUUUACUGAUCCAAACAUUUCAUAUGAUUCAAAUAUAACCUCUUCUUUCAAAUCUUAUUGUCCAUUUGUAGACAUUUCUAAUCAAUUUAUAUUCAAACAUUUAUUACAAAAGAGAAUUGAAUACAUUAAUCCUGAAACUAUUCAACAACCUUAUAAGAAUCAAUUACAACAUCUUGUACAAUCACUCUAUUCAAACACUCUACCUCUCUAUGAAACACAAUCUCUUCCACUUCCACAAUAUGAAUAUUACAUCACUACCAUAUGGAUUCAUCAAAUGAAAAUAGGAAUGGGUGAGGGAUUGGAUCGAAAAGAAUCUGAAAAUGAAGCAGCGAGGAGAGCAUUGGAAUAUUUAAAAGCAACAACAACAAUGGCCAAUGGUGGUGGUAGUAGUAGUAGUAGUAUAUAUGAUGAAUGUAAUAAUAAGCACAUGUCUCAACAAGACUCACAUGCUACCACUACUCAUUCAUUGACUUGUCGUCACCUUCUUGACACGACAUUGAAUCCUCAACAAGUUACCACCAGCAACACCUCAUCGCAUGUCAUGAAACUACGAAAUUCAUACUAUGAUCACUUGUUAUUCAAAUUAAAUCACAACAACAACAAGGAUUCAGAAGAAUUGUUGAUGGAAUCACAACACUACGAAGAAGAAUUAUUGAAAGAAUUAUUAAAAUGA